UGUACCGGUUAUUGUGCUAUAAAAUGUGCGCGUCUAUCAACCGUUGCGAUGUCUACAUUUCCCGCCAUGUGAAUGGACAGCAAACAUAUAUGUGUGGACCCUCUGGCUUACUGAACCUUUCCGCGAACAGCAGGCACAUUAUGUUAACAGCGUGACGGCAGCAUCGGUUUUUCGAGUCUCAACAAACUCCGACACCAGGAUGAAACGACGAACAGACGCCCCUCAGGACCGAUACUACAUGGUGGGACUCAUGUUCUUCAUUCUGGGCCUGGGAACGCUGCUGCCAUGGAAUUUCUUCAUGACAGCUUCACUGUACUUCCAACGUCGACUCGAUACAACAGAAUCGAGCAACGGGACAGAGGUCGUCCGCAAAGAGUACUACUUCAACAACUGGAUGACUCUGCUGUCUCAGCUGCCUCUGCUGCUAUUUACCCUGCUCAACUCCUUCCUCUACCCGAGCCUGGAAAUCAGCGAGUCGACGUCCAACUCCCCCUCCGCCAUUUCUGUAACGAACAGCUCUGCCCGCCGCAGUCUGAAGCAGGCAGGGCAGACACCGCCUCACCGCACAGAAACCGCCUCCCUUUCGCGGCCUCCCAUUUAG